CUCUCGUAUAUCUUCGUCCUUCAUUUCUGCAUCCUGAAACUUCUUCGUUUUUCUAAGUUUCUGGCAAGUAUCCGAAAGAUACGGCACCAACCCCAAACCAUCGUCAAAAAUGGUUUUUACCCUGAUAAAAAAUAUGUGGUCGUAUUUACGAACCAACGACGAUGACCUUGAAAUAGAGAAACACGCCAAUCUUUCUGACAACUAUGGACAAACUCAAUCUUGUCUAUUGGAUCUUCAGGACUUGAUUCUCACAAAUGGACAGACAGUUCCUGUCGUAACCAAGAAUAUUCUAGAAUCUAAAGUUGAUCACGUGCUCUAUCAUCAGCGCUCGGAAGAACUCGGAACAAUUGCUGAAGUUUUGAUUGACGGGGUUAGAACAAUCAUCAGCAACGAACCAGAUUUAGCUGAUCAAGUCUUCAGAAGCAAAGUUUUCAUCGAAAGGUCAGCUAAUGAUGAAGGGCUUGAACACCUUGGAAUGAAAAAUCGAGGUUUGAUUUGGAACAAUGACAACCACUCUUGGAGAAUUAUCCGGAAAGUAUUCCAGACAUCGCUUAGAGAAAAAGAUUUGCAAUAUGCGAGAGAAAUUGCAGCUCGCGAAGUUACAAAAAUAGUUGAUAAGUAUAUCGAAAAAUCACCGAUGAAGGAGCUUAACUUUCUGGAAAUAUUUCGAAAAGUUACAUUUCAUGUAACUAUGGAACUGUUCUGUAAUGUAACUUAUGACGAUUUGAUCGAAUAUAGAAUUAAUGAAGACGAGGUUAUUGCAUGUAUUGUGAACUACUUCAAAGCUUGGGAGUAUUUUCUUUUUCGACCCAACUCCAAACUGGACCACAAACUGGCUGAAAAACAUCAAAACUCAGUUCAACUUCUGAAUAAACACGUGAAUGAACUUAUUCAGUGCGCUCUUAAAAAACGUGAACAUGAAAUAAGAGAACAAAAGACGAUGUUUGAUAAGUUUGUUGACCUUGACCUUGAGCCGGAAAUGAUGAGUCAGACUUUCCUGGAAAUGUUGCUGGCAGGUACUGACACUUCCAGUGUGACUAUGUAUUACGCGAUGCUUGGAUUGUCUGGCAGAGAUGAUAUAAGUGUCCAGUUCCAGAGACAACUCCACAAAAAUGAAGAAGUGAACGACAUGAAUUUUGACUAUCUUGUGGACCAGCUGUCCCUCGAGUCUCUACGAUUCAAGCCAGUCGGUCCAGUAAUCAUCCGACAGGCAUGUGAUGACGUCACGCUAGACACACUAUUGCAGGACGGGUCCAAACUUCAAGUGAAAAAAGGUGAAGGCAUGAUCAUAAACGUCGAAUCCAUGAACUACUUGAGUGGCAUCUGGGACAACCCCCAUUUAUUCAACCCCGCGAGAGAAGACCUCGAGACAAACAAGGGCAAAUUCUUCCCGUUCGGCGAGGGACCGAAAGGGUGUGUGGGGAAGUACUUGGGCCUUGCUGAAGUUCGGGCGGCGCUGAAGGCACUGAUUCCCCAGUUUAGAUUCGAGGUUGUGGGGGAGGUCUCUCUGCAGACCCUGGAGACCCACUGGGAUAUUGCCAACCAACCAGACAACCCCCCUCUGAUCAGAUGCAUUCCUAGACAAUAAUUUGGAUCGUGCUUGGUAAAAAUAUCGACAAAACAUUAAGGCGACUAAUCAGAUUUAAAAUAUGUUGAUUGAACUUUUGGCUCUUUUCCAGUU